UGUAUAGAUAAAAGAAAAAAGUAAAAAAAUGAUAUAUGUAUAUAUCCUAAGUAUAAUAUGCGCAAAGCAAGGCUGGCCCUCGCGCUUGGAUAACCGAGCGGCGCAGUGGUGAAGUUGCGGCACUCGGGUCGUCAUCUACGUCGCCUGCAGCACUCCUGCUGUGCCCAUUGACACCGCCACCGACGAGCGACGACGGGGGCAGACCCGAAUCCCGAUAACAGAGAGAGAGUCGGAUAAGCGACGGGGAAGCUUCACUCGCCCUCACCGGCCUCCGCCGCCACUUUCCCUAAUUCGAUCCCGUAACCCGUUAUAACACAUCGCUCUUGUCGUUCGAUUGGCCGUGCGUGCGCUACACACGAGUGUCUGCCAGAUCAGCGCGUGCAUCGUCAGUGUGACAUCUGGCCCUUGUAUCGUCGUUAUACACUGACACAGUGACUGGACAUGCGAUUCACUCUGGACAACGUGAGUUUUUCCCGCAGGCAUCGGCCAGAAAAAGUCAACGCCGACUGAGCCAGUUGGAUGCUCAUCGAGAACCUAUUUUGCUUAUGCUUUUUUUACCGUGUUCCGACGUAAAUGGCCAUAUGAGCAGAAAUAUCAACGAUUGAAUUGUCUGAAUCAUAUUUUUAUCUAUAUUACACUAUAUUUGGAAACAUCAGACUAACUUUAUAUCAAAAUGAAGACUGUAGCAUUAAUAAGCGGUGGCAAAGAUUCUUGCUUCAACAUGAUGCAGUGCCUUGCUGCUGGGCACGAAAUUGUGGCCCUGGCAAAUUUGUAUCCAAUUGGAAAAGAUGAACUGGAUUCAUACAUGUUUCAAACAGUUGGUCACCAAGGAGUAGAGUUUAUUGGAGAAGCAAUAGGAUUACCUCUUUACAGGGAGCCUACAACUGGCCAAUCUAAGAUGCAAGAAAAAAACUACCAACCUACUGAAGAAGAUGAAGUUGAAGAUUUAUAUAGACUACUAAAAAAAGUCAAGGACAAAGAAAAUAUUGAAGCUGUUGCCUCUGGUGCUAUCUUUAGUGAUUAUCAACGAAUAAGAGUUGAAAAUGUUUGCAGUAGAUUAGGAUUGGUUUCACUUUCUUACCUAUGGAGGAGAGAUCAGGAACAACUCUUAAAAGAAAUGAUUGAAUGUUCUGUAAAUGCAGUUAUUAUUAAAGUUGCUUCAUUAGGUUUGGAACCAAGGCAUUUGGGUAAAUCCAUCUCCGAGAUGCAGCCACAUCUCACCAAAAUGAAAGAAAAAUAUGGACUAAAUGUUUGUGGCGAAGGAGGUGAAUAUGAAACAUUUACCUUAGAUUGUCCUUUAUACAUCAAAAGCAUAGUUGUAGAUGAAUAUGAAAGUGUGGUGCAUUCUAAUGAUGAAAUUGCACCAGUUGGGUACCUGAAUUUUAAAAAAAUACAUCUUGAAAAUAAAAAUAAUGGUUUAGAGAAAUUAUCACUUCAAGAAAGACUGAAAAAUAUAAUGGUAAAAACUCCACUCGAUUAUAUUUCUGAAAUAGUUGGACCAGAAUUGCAAGAUGGCUGCAACUUAUCUGAUGAAGAAAAUGAGGAGCAGGAGAAAGAUAACAACGACCCACAAGCGACAAAUACUGUUACAGGCCAACUAAACCCUCCAAGCCUACAAGAUGAAACGUUCGAAACUGAAGAAUACCCAGAAAAUCCAUGUGUCAGUAGGAACCAAACUGGCUGGUACUGGUUUGGUAGUAUUGUUGGGAGAAAUUCAGAACCAAAGCUUGCUAUGGCCGAAGCAUUAGACAAAUUAAUAGAUCUAGUCAAAAGAGAAAAUCUUGAUAUAUCUGAUAUUGUUGCUGUGACAAUGUUUUUGAAAGAUUUAUCUACUUACGCAGAUAUUAACGAAAUUUACGUGUCAAAAUUGGCAAAAGUCAAUCCUCCGGUGAGGGUGUGUACAGAAAUUCCCAAUAAUUUUCACAUUGUUUUGGAUGCAUUAGCUUAUAAAAAAAUCGAAGAAGAAGACGAAAAGAGCGAUAAGAAAACGCAUAAGAGACACACGAUGCACGUUCAAAGCAUAAGCAAUUGGGCACCUGCCAAUAUCGGACCUUAUUCGCAAGCAGUUCGAGUAGGCGAUAUAAUCAGUGUCGCUGGACAAAUUCCAUUGAUCCCAGGAAAUAUGUCGAUUCUCGAGUCAAAUAUCAAGCGCCAGUGUCGGCUGACGUUGAGACACAUCAACCGCAUCGUCAAGGCCAUGGACUCAAACACCGAAUUGAGACAUAUUGUGCAGGGCAUUUGCUUUCUCACUCAUCCCAACUCGAUACCUGCCGCGCGAAAAGAAUGGGAAAAGCGCACUAACAAUGCCAUAGUCGAUUAUGUGGUGGUUACAGGUCUUCCACGUGGUGCACAGGUCGAAUGGUGCGUUUGGGCUCAUCGUGACAACAAUAGAUUUGAAUACGAAGAGACCGGCAAGUGCGUUGGCAGCUUCAAAGUGGCCAUUAGAAGGAGGUGGAACUACGAGAAUAACGUUUCAGCCAUCGUGUGUUACCUAUCGACUGGUUCGUCCAAUUCAACCGGGAACUUGACCACAGAAACGACAGUCUCAUCGUCGGACUUUACGCUGCCAGAAUUGAUCGAGGCGUUCGAGUACCUGCUGUGCAAAUUAACUAAAGGCUCACAGGUGGAAAAUCCCUCGUGCAAUUUGCGUAUAUUUUAUAAACUUGGUAGCCUGCCAGGACCUAGCUUUAUACAGCAGGCCCUAAACCACUUUGCUGAUCGCAAUCUUGUCACGACUAUUAUACCAACGCGGCAUUUGCACAACUUCAGUACUUUUCUGUCUGUGUGCGGCAUCAGGCACGAAUAAUGGGAAUACUUGAUUUUUUGAACGUUUAUAUAUUGCAUAUAUGUACGGAUGACUUGUACUCUUUCUCUCUUUUUCGUAUGCUUAUUGAUAUACUAUCAGUUAUUGCAUAAAGUGAAAAUUUGAAUGAGCCAUGAACAGAUGUAAUGUCUUACAUAUGUAUGAGCACAAUGUUAAAAAGUCUAUUGUGAUAAGUUUUAAUGAACUUGUCCGUUUGUUUUGAGUUUUUAUUCUUAUUUCAUGUAUAUUUUAUUGAGCUCAUAUUUCUCAAAAGUUGAUAAAACUCGUUGUUGAGAUAAGUUCUUUAUUUGUAGUAUACAACCCAAUAAAAUGAUGGAUGAUUAGAAAACUGAA